AUCUCGGAGCACUCUGGUGUGCUGGUAUCGUUACUCAGCCCUGGGUCCCUGUCUCGGCUCAGUCGAGGGGAUUUAUGAAAAAGAGCUGCUCCUCUCCUCCCAUGUAGGACAUGCUAUGACCGCCUCGUUACUCCUCGGCUCGCCCUGGAUCGACCCGGUCAUGUUCCUUUACGACGGCGGCUCACAAGAGGAGAGAAGCAAGAACAUGGAAGGCUUCACAGGUGGGAACUUCGCAGCGAACCAGUGCAGGAAUCUGUUGGCGCAUCCAACCUCGCUGGCUCCCAGCACCACCUACGCUGCAAGCGAUGUGCCAGUCUCUGGAGUGGGGGAACCUGGCAAGCAGUGCAGCCCCUGCUCUGCCACUCAGAGCUCGCCCAACGCUUCUCUGCCCUACGGAUACUUUGGCAGCGGGUACUACCCGUGCAGGGUGUCACACGGCGGCGUCAAGGCGUGCGCGCAGCCCUCCGGUUACGGAGAGAAAUACGCGGACUCUUCAGUCUCCGGUGAGGCGAAGGAGUUUGCGUUCUACCAGGGAUAUUCCUCCAGCCCCUACCAGACCAGCUACCUGGAUGUGCCGGUGGUACCUGCGCUGAGUGCGCCACCCGAGCCAAGAGAGUCUCUGCUGCCCAUGGAGCCCUAUCAGCCCUGGGCCAUCACUAACGGGUGGAGUGGUCAGGUUUACUGCACCAAGGAGCAAUCGCAGGCAAAUUCUCUGUGGAAAUCCUCAUUACAAGGUAUAUUACUAGACUCCUUAUCUGGUGGUAUGGACAGCUCGGUCCGUCGUGGGCGAAAGAAACGCGUGCCAUACACUAAGGUGCAACUCAAAGAACUGGAGAGGGAGUACGCCACCAACAAAUUCAUCACCAAGGACAAAAGGAGACGGAUAUCCGCGCAGACGAACCUGACAGAGAGACAAGUGACGAUCUGGUUCCAGAACAGGCGGGUAAAGGAGAAAAAAGUUGUCAAUAAGUUCAAGAGCUCUAGUUAGCUCUGGAGACAUUCCCAAGACGUGAAAGGCGGACAUGGGCGCGCUUUCAGCAGUGGAAGAAAAAAAAAAAAGAGAGAAAAAGAUAGAAAUCUCUGCUAUAAUUUAUUCCAUUUAUGAACUGUUACACACUGUCGCCGGAACGGCUCUGGUUUGAACUAUAACGUUUCCUUCCUCGUUUUAAUUGGAACCAGUCCGUGGGGCCUGUUGGCAGAAGGUCGGAAGAGAUCUAGAGUUUGAGGCGAUUUUGCGGGACGUUUCUGUAGUCACCAUCCUGACGAGCAUUCUGACAAAUAUUCUGCAUUGAGAUGGGUGAGCCACCAGCAAAUCGUGCGCAUUUUCCUUUUAAAAAGAAAAUAUAAGGCUGAAGCGCACGAAUGAAAAAAACAAACAAACAAAAACACAAAAACUUUUGGUUUCAGACUGUGGUAAAGAGUAACAAAAGCAGGUUAUUAUCAUGAAAUUAUUAAAACACAUUUGUAGUAUUUGUAUCCGAAUAUUUAGCUCCAUCCCCAAUUUGAGAAAAGAAUUUUCCUAUAAAAUCAGCUUUCGUCACAUCUUUCAUUCUCAGCGGGUUACCUAUGAAACUUUACCAAGCGUUUCAUUAGGAUUUCCAAUGUUUCAAUCACAGGCGCCUUCGGAACCUUUGCAGAGGGGUGGCCAGAUGGUCUCCGCUGAUAAACUUGGCCUGGGACACUGAAAUCAAAAGCUUCAACUGAAUUUUCUUUUUAUUGUGCAAUCGUUAGAAAUCGGGGAGUGGGAAGGGGGGAAAGGGGUAAUAAUCAAAGAUGGCACACAAUGAAACACCAGAACGGGCAUAAAAAGUAAAUUAUUUAUAAAAAUAAACAAAUAAAAAUAUGUUUUGCUUUUUCUCUCUUGUGCGGAAUUCAUUUUCAAAUAAUGGGGGGCGGGUUACCCGCAGACAUGUAAAGAAGGCCUCUGGCUCCUUUGCCUCCACUCCUUGGUGGCGCCACUGAUUUUAAGAGUUUGUCAGUUUGCCUGAAAAAGGCAUGUACUUGACUUUUUUUUCCUAUUGCUCUCGCAUUUACAUUUUGUCCUCCUGCUUACUUUUCAAGAAGAAAAAAAAACAACCUCUACAUGAAUGGAUGAACUACAACAAAACAUGUGUAAAUAUUUUAUGCGCAGCCGAGUCAGUUUUCUGUUUCUUAUUCAUAAACCAACGGGUUUUUUUUUUAUUUUUUUUGACAAUAUAUGUUUGACAGACACUAUAAGUGCACUGCUGUCGCAGGAGUUUCAUUUAUCUUUCUGUUUCAUGAGAAAAUUCGAAUAAAGUGAUUGACUGCG